GGCAGGUUGGUCUCAAUCCACCAUCAUAACCCCGUCUGCUUGAUGUGCCCUUACUGUGAUGGACAGUCCAACCUUUGAAGAGAUGGCCAGAGACUGCGGGUUUGACCCAAGUGAUUUUGACGAGUCAUAUCUCAGCGACUCUGGUAUGGGUCCGUCGCAACACGAUUACACGUACGCUGCUGAAGGAGAUUCCGGUGAAUAUAUGAGUGAAAUAGAACACUCAUCCCCGUGUCCACCGGGACGCACUCGCUCAAUAAACGAUAUUUCUACCUAUCGACAGUCCUAUCCAUUGCAGCGAGACAUUAACGUCGGAGACUGCUAUGGAAAUAAUAUGACGCCGCCUGACGACGAUACCACCCUUGGCUACUCAGAUGUUGGUCACAAUACUCGUGCUCACGCAACAUCCUUCCAGCGUCCCCAAUCUCAGUGGUAUCAGCCGCUACGCAAUCAGCCUCGAGCUGCACCGUUUGAAUUUCAGUCGCGACGCAUACAGCCAGGGUCAGGGCAAGGCAGAGCGUUCGGUCAAACGCCUGUAGCCAUAUCUGAUCAACAUAGUACACCCACAAUGGCUUCUGCUCAAUUACAGUCACGAACGGGAGAUAACCCCGGUAUCCGUUUGCGACCAGUUUUAGACCUACCUGACAUCUACAGAACAUUAUUCAAGUUCGGAGUUUUCAAUGCUGUUCAGUCUGAGUGCUUCGACGAGGUUAUACAUCAUGACGACAACAUGGUCAUAAGCUCUCCUACCGGCAGUGGAAAGACUGUGCUCUUUGAGCUUUCAAUCAUCCGCAUGCUAUCCGCGGCUCAUGGGCGUGCAUCCAAGUGCAUUUACGUUGCCCCUACCAAGGCCCUCUGCUCUGAGAAAUACCGUGAUUGGACGACCAAAUUCCAGCCUCUCGGUAUCAAAUGCUGUGAGCUGACCGGAGAUACCGUUCAUUUCGGCAAGAGUGCUUGGGGUGAUGCUCGGGAUGCGUCUAUCAUUGUCACUACGGCGGAGAAGUGGGAUAGCUUAACCAGGAAUUGGUCUGAACAUGGGAAUAUCUUAUCACAAAUCCAGUUAUUUCUGGUAGAUGAAAUCCAUAUUCUCAAUGAUUCCCGAGGAAGCACCCUAGAAGUUGUUAUCUCACGUAUGAAAACCCGAGGCACUGGCGUUCGUUUCAUGUGUGUGUCGGCCACGGUGCCAAACAUUCAAGACGUUGCCAAUUGGAUCGGUAGGGGCCCAAACGGUGGCCCCGCCAUUGUUAAAGAGUUUGGCGAAGAAUAUCGACCUUGCAAGCUCACUCGCCAUAUCUAUGGGAUACCUCGCAAACAAGAUCAAAAUGACUUUCAAUUCACUCGCAUUCUCGACUACCGCUUGUACGGGAUCCUUCAACAGCACUCCAUCAACAAACCCAUACUUGUAUUCUGCGCAACCAGAAAGGGUGUGAUGACCACGGCGGAACAACUUCUGAAGGAAUAUGAAGACGCUACGGAAAAGAAGAAAAUGCUUCCUUGGGCUAGACCACGAAGGAUUGAUCGCGCCUUCCACGACAAAAGGCUUGAUAAAUUGGCUGUCUGCGGUAUUGGCGUGCAUCACGCCGGUAUGACGAUGGAUGAUCGCCGACUUACCGAAGAUUUGUAUUUGAAAGGCACGCUACGUGUUGUAACAGCGACGUCUACUUUGGCCGUUGGAGUGAACCUACCGGCCCAUACCGUUGUCAUCAAAGGCGUCAAGAUGUUCCAAAACAACCUAUCGCAAGAGUACUCUGACCUUGAUAUCAUCCAGAUGAUGGGGCGUGCUGGUCGUCCGCAAUUUGAUACCGAAGGUGUGGCCGUCAUUCUGUGUGAAACCCAAUUAGAGGCCAAAUACAAGGCACUUGUUCAAGGCCAGACCAACCUCGAAAGCUGUCUGCACAAGAACCUCUCCGAGCAUAUCAAUUCCGAGAUCGGUUUGGGAACGAUAACGAGCAUCGAAUCAGCUAAGGCGUGGCUGCAUAACUCGUUUCUCUUCCAACGGAUACAGAGAAAUACGAGGCACUACGCCAUUGGCAAAGAAAGCACUCAGACAUGGCAGGAAAAGAUUGAUGAUAUGGUCACGGGUAGCAUCAAGACGUUACAAGCGAACGAGAUGGUUGCCAAAUCGGAAGGUGAUAGUGAAUCGUUGUGCUCGACUGCUUACGGCGACAUCAUGAGCAAGUAUUACGUGCGACAAAACACAAUGAGCCUUAUCCUCAAACUCCCACCGCGUGCAUCUAUCAGAGAGUUGUUGGAGGGCAUAUGUGCUUCUGAAGAAUUCUCCGACAUCAAGAUUCGCUCAGGAGAGAAGCAGAUUUACGGCAAACUUCGCACGCAUGACGAUAUUCGCUACAAGCCAAAGAAGAUUGAAAAGGCGUCUGAUAAGAUCUUCUUGAAUAUUCAGGCUGUCCUUGGGGGCAUUAACCUGAAUGAUCCCGAAUACAAGAACGGUGAUAAUCAGCCUCAGCUUGAAUGCAUUACAAUCUUUAGACAUGUCUCCAGAAUAGCGCGAGCCCUGGUCGAAGUCGCCAUCGAACAGCAAUACGGUGCACAAGUGAAGCAUGGCUUGGAGCUGUUGCGUUGUCUUACUGCGAAGACUUGGGAGGACCGUCCAACUGUGCUUCGUCAAAUUGAACAGAUUGGAGAGAAAUCGCCAGUGCUAGCUCAGUUUGGAAUCUCGACGUUAACGUCGCUUCGGAAACAAGAUACAUUAAGACUAGAACAGCUCCUCAAUCGCCGACCUCCAUUUGGUAACGAGUUGCUUGCGUCUGUGAAGCAACUUCCCGAGUAUUUUCUUGAAGUGUCCGAGGUCGAUGUAGCAACCCAGAAUGGAGAGGGGCCAGUUGAGGUGGAAUUGUCCAUCAAAUGCGGCCUUUUACAUGAUGAAGGUGUCGGUGCCAAGCCAAAGAAAAGCAGAAGCAAAGGUCAGGAUUGGACAGUGGUCCUAACGGUGAACUCGGAUUUGGACUUCGUAGACUUCCGCAGGAUUCCGACUCGCGUACUGAAGGGUUCUAAGACAUUCAGCAUCGUGGCCGAAUUGACCAAACCCAGCCAGUCAUUGACCGUUAUGAUCAGCUCGGAAACAAUCGCUGGUAUCGCAGUCUCCAAAACGUACAAGCCGAAUGUGCCACACAACCUGUAUCCAACAAUGAAUACUCGACCAUUAACUUUGAUGGAACGAGAUCUCGAAGGCCUAGAAGACGACCCAGACUUUUGGAACAUGUCUAUAGACGACGAUAUGGACGAUGUCGUUAACGAUGCAAAGGUACCGAUAAAGGAUCUCACCAUGACGCAAGAUGCUCAUGCUAACACCAAAAUCGCAAACGACAAGCAUUCGACUGUCCCGAAGAAAAUACCCAAGGGGAAUUACGAAUGCAACCAUAAGUGCAAAGACAAGACAAGUUGCCGUCAUUCUUGCUGCCAUGAAGGGGUGUCGAAGCCAACUUCGAAGGGCCGUACGAUGGUUACGUCGGAUGAAGGCGUUGCAUCCAGCCAUGCAUCUCACCCCAAAUUAUCCGGGAAUGAUUCGACUGUCCAUCAGAUUCGUGCCGACGAUGUCAGCAAGGUAAUAUCCAAGGCGAAGACCAAAAUAGAUCAACGCUUGCAGCAGCUGGACGAUCUACAUGCGAGUACCAAUGUUAGAGGUCGUCUUCAACUUUCAAAUGGGAAACGUAUCAAGAUCGAUGAUGGUAAACUGGACCUUUCACGCUCACCCACGGGUCUAAAUCUCACCAAUGGGAAGCGAAAACCUGCUGCUAGCUUCGACGUCGACUUUGUUGAUAUUCGGGACGUCAGACAACCACUACUACCGGAUGUCGCGGAACUUAGUGACUCGGAUGAACUGCCUGAACCUACUGAUCUGCUGAACUCUUUUAAGAAGACUCCUGCGAAGCGACAGAAAAAGACUCCCACUGAAACGGACUAUUCUGAUUCUGGCUUCGACUCUCUGAUACGCGCUGUUGACCUUCCCAACCCUGGAAACUCUGGCAGUUCUAUCCCGAGGAGAGAGUCCUCUCCUGGACUUCCUGCUCGUAGCUCUCCGCCUGCAGUCAUUGAUCUUGCUACUCCGCCUGCUAAGAAACGAAAACAUGACGAUUAUAACGCACAACAUGUGCCGAAGCGCAGCAAAUAUGACGAAGAAGCUUCUACCGUUUCCAACCAAUGGCCCGCCAUGGAGAUAAAUAAAUCAUUCUCAGAACGGCAGACACUUACCUCCAAGAAACCGGCUCUCUUCCUUCCAGAUUCUGGAUCUGAGGAAGACGCGGGUCAUCUGCAGGAGACACUCGGGGCUUAUGUUCCUCCCGGACCGAAAGAUGAUGAAGAUUUUGUGUUGGAUGAAAGCCUCUUCGAUGUAGAGCCAGCCGCUGUACCUUCAUCAUCGCUAGCUCCAAGUGUCGAAUGCCCUCCGAUCAGGACAACUUUGCAGCAUUCACCAUCUCUGAUCCCCGAACUGCAUGGCGCACUCCGUGCUGAAUCAUUCAAUAUCCAGCCACGCGAAGCAUCUGCGACCACGUCUGUUCAGAGACCGGCACAGAUACUGGCGGAACCAGACGACGACAGCUUUCAUGACGACUUAGCGGAGUUUGAGGACUGGUUGUAUAAUAGCGGGUCAGUGGUUAUUGUGGACAAAUUGGACGAUUAGAUAGCAAAUGAGGUAUGGUACCCAGCAGAGCAAUGUAACAAUUAUCC